AUAAUUAUGAAGUGCGAAAAUGUUGAUUAUUUUCCAAAGGAAGAGUACAGUCCUGAUCCUAACGAUUCCACUAUGGCAAUACCGUACGCCGUAAAGCGAGCAUCUAUUUUUGUGUUCUUGAGCUGUCUGACGCUCCUGCUAGGAUAUCUUCUUUGCGUGCUGGGGACUCUUUGUAGAAAGAGACCCGUCAUUUCCUUUGCCUCAGGUGUCGCCUUCAUUCUCUCAGGUCUACUAAUUCUGACAGGAAUGGUUAUCUACAUCUCGACCUUCAAAUCCGAGGUGGGCAAUAAGCUUCGUCCGAAAUCCUCAUUUCAAGGUCCCAUGUUUCGUUAUCAUUACGGUUACAGUUUCAUUUUGGCUGUUUGUGGUCUCAUGAUGUGCGAACUGUCGGGGACAUUCACCAUCUUCCUCUUCAUCCACUGGCACAAGGUGGACAUCCGGAAAAAGCAGCAACAGCACCACAGGCACCAUCAUCACAUGCACCACCAGCAGCAUCACUCACAGCAUAAGUAUUCCACAGACUUCAUGGAGGAUCACGUGCCGUGUAGAAGGCAUCGCGGAGGGGGGAGAAGGAGUUCGAAAGUUGAUACCAGCCCUUCGUCUUCCUCAAGCAGAGGUCAGAGGAGGAGUCAGCCUCAGAUACCAAUGUCUGAAUCGAUGAGAGACUUAGCCUAUUACAAUUUCCCACCAUUCUCAAGGGAUACCACUUGCAAUACGGUGUCUACUUCAGCAGACAUUAACAGGGAAUAUUCAAGUAGGGAAUUCUCAUUUGAAAUUCUUAGGCGGACGACGCCUGUUUGA